AUGAGGGAGGCUACCAAGAGACCUGUGAGAACUCUGAAGGAGUUACAAGCUACAGUGGAAAGCAUUGGAGAGACUGAACUGGUGAAACGGCGAAAGGAGUCGAGACUAAGGGAGACGACCGAAAUACUAGGCGGCUCUAAUCGCUCGCUGAACAAAAGCCAGCACUGCGGUAAUCACUUGGAGAAGGAAAACAAACAUCUGCAAGAAAAGACCCAGCACCUGAAACAAAAGCUUGGUGAAUCUGAAGAGCAGCGUAUCAGGGCAGAAAGUACAAUCCGAGCUUUGAAAAUAGCCCUGGAUGAAAAGGAAGAGGAGAUGAUGGCUUUCCCAAGUUCAAGCAGAGGAACUGAAGAUGUCUGGAGACUGGAGCUUCAACUACAAAAACUGGAAGCUGCCGAAAGAAAAUACUCCAGGAUGGCGGAGAUGCUUCAGUUGAAAGUGGAGGAGUCUGAAGUGCUGGAAAAAUGGAAGGAACGAGUCACUCAGCUGGAGGCUAAAAUUCAAGAACUCAACCAAGCGGUGAUCACAAGAGACAAAGACCUGAUGAGAGCCUCUCAUGACCAGCCCUUGAUCUCGACUGCCAUCGAAGACCGGCUAAUGAAGCUGGAAGACCUUAUCACCAGGUCACCCAUCCUCUGA